AUGUUCAUUCCGUACCAAACCUGGUCCAGACCAGGUGAGAUCCAGUGUUUCUUAGACAUCAUACCCCUCGAGCCUUUAGGUGAUUUGAAAGGAUGUAGGGAUAAUAUGGUUGAUGUAAUACAUCCAGAAGGAGUAUUAGGUCUGAUGAUGGAUAAGAUCGAAGGUGUAAAGGAAGGAUUAGAAGAGGAAAUACCUUCUUUGAUAGACCAAGAUCGAAUGUACUCGUAUAUUGGUCAGAAGAAAGCAGAAAUAUUUGAUGUACAUCAAUACGAAUGGACGAGAUAUACGUCUGCAUCGGAUCGUCUUAUUCCUGGCGCUGGUUUGUACAGAUUCCCUCAGUUUGCACCCAAGUAA